AUGUCAACUAAAAAGCGAGCAUCAUCCCCACAAAAAAAUGAAGAAUUGGAUAAACUAAUCCAGCAGCGAGAAACUGUAGUGGCCAGUAUCUUGCGAAUUAAAAAAGUAAUUUCUGAAAAAACUGUUGAUUUAAACCCUGUAGAACUGGAAUGUAGGUUGGACAUUCUCAAUUCAUACAUUAAACAGGCCAUGACUUGCCAACAAAAAAUAGAGUGUAUCAACGAGUUUGAUGUAUUUCGGCCAGAUCUAGAAGAAAUCUGCGUUGCUUCGAAAUCAUUGUUUCUACAGGCGUUAGAUAAAAACCGCAAGUCUAGUAUCCCUGAUACUUCGCAUGAAUGCAGCAAUCAUCGUUCCAGGCUGCCAAGUAUGCGUUUACCUAAAUUUAGUGGGAAACAUUCUGAGUACAAAAACUUCAUAAGCCUUUUUGAAAGCUUAGUGCACAAUGAUCAGUCGCUAAGUGAUAUUGAAAAAUUCAAUCAUCUCAUUUCGUGUUUGUCUGACGAAGCUCUUGGUACAGUUAAGGCAUUUCAACUCACUGAAACUAAUUACUCAAAGGCAUUAGCUAGUUUAAAAAGAGUUUACGAUAACACUUGUCUAAUCUUUUUCGAUAGUAUCUCGCAGCUUUUUGAACUGCCAGAAAUGAACAAGCCAUCUGCUUCUGCAUUACGCAAUAUCAUAGAUACUGUUUCUGCCAUAUAUGAGUCCCUAUUGUCAAUAGGAGAUGAUAAGAACAUUUCAAAUGCGAUUCUUAUUCAUUUAGUCAUGUCAAGAGUCGAUGCCGCCACGAAAUCUAAAUGGGAGGAGCAAUUAGAUUACAAUAAGCUGCCGCUCUGGUCUGAUUGCGAGACUGCGUUAAAUAAGCGAUACCAACACAUUUCUGCUGACGAAGCGUCUACGUCAAGGUCUCGAUCGAACAGGCCAAAACAAGACAACUGGCAAGGUAAGAAUGUAAAAUCGUCACUUAUGUGCAAGAAAAAUAGUUCGCAAGAGGAAAGUAGAUGUUUGUUCUGUAAUGCGAAGGAACAUGUAAUAAAUUCAUGCUCCGCCUUUGCUGCCCUCUCAGUUACUGAACGGUUCAAUUUCAUUAAAUCAUCUUCGGCAUGUAUAAAUUGUCUCAAGAAAGGGCACACGGUAUCUAGAUGCAAGGCGUCACGCUGCAGAGUGUGUAAUCGGUCGCACCAUACUCUUUUACACCAAUAUUCUACUAACACUCCUCAAACAGGUUUAUCUUAUAAUCCAGAACAACCUAUUAUUUCUCGUGCCUCUGUGAAUCAUAGCUCAUCGAAUGACGAUCAAAUUAUUCUAGCCACUGCAGUCAUAACCAUUCAAGGAAAAUCUGGAGAGUAUCAGCUGGCCAGAGCACUGCUCGAUUCCGGUUCUCAAGUCAACCUUAUAACCGAGGAACUUGCACAACGACUGCAACUAAAAAAAGAAGCGAAAACUCUAAACCUGAUUGGCAUUGGUGAAACAAACUCCACAGUACGGCAAAAAUUACAUGCCACUGUGAGAUCACGUAUUAACUCUUAUGAGUUUUCUACUGAUUUUUGGGUAAUGCCUUCAAUCUCCACUUACCAACCCGACAAAUUUGUGUCAAUGAGUAAUUGGAAUGUUCCUUCUAAUCUUUCACUUGCUGAUCCGCACUUUCACAAACCGCAAAAGAUAGAUCUUCUACUUGGUGCCGAAAGCUUUUUCGAACUGUUGUCGAUUGGACAAAUAAAACAAGGUACUAAUCUUCCAAUUCUCCAAAAAACUUUACUUGGAUGGAUUGUAUCAGGAAAAUAUAAAGAUGUCCCAAGUAAUGUAUCUAAGAUAUGCAAUUUAAUACGCCUUCAAGAAGCAGAGUCAACAGGUGAUUUCUGCUUAAACUCUCUUGUGAAAAAAUUCUGGGAAUUGGAAGAAAUUCCCAAGGAGCUCACGGUCAAAAAAUACACAAUAGAACAACAACACUGUGAGACCAAGUUUCUCAACACAAUUUUACGCUUACCUUCAGGGAGGCUUAAGGUGCAGCUUCCUUUCAAGUCCAACCCCAACCUUCUAGGUCAGUCAUAUGAAACAGCAAAAAAUCGUUUUCUCUCACUGGAACGCAGGUUGUCGAAAGACUGUAUGCUUCAGAAGCUGUAUAUGGAGUUUAUGGCAGAGUAUCGUGACUUAGGUCACAUGACAUUAACUACUGACAACUUUUCUUCGACACCUCAUUACUAUAUACCGCAUCAGUGUGUGUUGCGACCUCAGAGUACCUCGACAAAACUUCGCGUCGUGUUCGAUGCUUCAUGCCGAACAUCUUCACAAGUGUCGUUGAACGACAUUUUAAUGGUUGGUCCAACGGUACAAGAAGAAUUGUAUUCAAUCCUACUUCGCUUUCGUAUGCACAAAUACGCGAUGACUGCUGACAUUACAAAAAUGUACCGUCAAAUCGAAAUUGACGAGGCAGAUCGCAAUUUUCAGCUUAUUCUCUGGAGGGAAAAACCUACGGAUCAGAUUAGCGUUUAUAAACUGAACACAGUGACAUAUGGUACUUCACCUGCUCCUUUCUUGGCAACACGUUGCCUAAACUACUUAAGUGACCUGUACAAGAAUUCUCAUUCAGUUGGAGCAAGGGUUAUCCGACAUGACUUCUAUGUCGAUGACCUAUUGACUGGAGCUGACAGUCUGAAGGAACUGGAAACAAUUCGUACCCAAUGUACUGAAAUUCUUGAUGCGGCUGGACUUAAAUUAGCGAAAUGGUUUUCAAACCAUAAAACGUAUGAUUCGUCAGACUUCUUUCUAAAUGUUAAUAAUACUGAUUCCACAAAGGCGCUAGGUAUACACUGGAUUCCCCAGAAUGAUACGCUUAAGUUCCAUGUAGACGAAAAGUUUCAUGACUUGCGAGCAACAAAAAGAAACAUACUAUCAGUAUCAGCUCGACUCUUCGAUCCCCUCGGACUAGUAUGCCCAAUAGUGACUAAGGCAAAAAUUUUAUUGCAAGAACUUUGGCUUCAGAAGCUUGACUGGGAUGAGUCAAUUCCUAUGCAUCUCGAUUCUAGCUGGCAAGCAUUUAAAAGCAACCUGACUCAGAUGGACUCUAUUUCCAUUCCGCGGUAUGUUCAUAUUCAUUCAAAUAUAAAAUGCGAUAUUCACGGUUUCGCCGAUGCGUCAAUGAGAGCGUACGGCUGUUGCAUCUACGUCCGAAUUCAUGAUUCGAAUGGGAUUCAUUCUGAAUUGUUAACUGCCAAAUCUAAGGUUGCUCCUUUAAGCACAAAAUCAUUACCCAGAUUAGAGCUGUGUGCCGCUCAUUUAUUGGCUAAACUAUGGUCUCGAAUUCAGCCGUUGAUUACUUGCGAAAUCGGAGAUGUUUAUUUUUGGACGGACUCUGAAAUUACACUUCAUUGGAUUAAAACUCACCCAUCUACUUUAGCGACAUUUGUAGCAAACAGAGUUGCAGAGAUCCAAGAAUGGACGAGCGAAGUUCUUUGGAGACACGUUCCAUCAAAGCUAAAUCCUGCAGACUUAGUCUCCAGAGGAUGUAAUGUAGAUGAGUUGAUUCACUCAAUUUGGUUUCGUGGCCCAUCAUAUUUGCUUCAAGAUGCAAUUAACUGGCCAAAAAAUAAUCAUUUUCCACUAUCAAUAGAUGAAAAAAGUUUGGAGAAACGAAAGGUCAAGGUCGGACUUUUAGCAGUUGAAAUUGAAACUAAUGUCAUUUCAAAACUAAUCUGUAGCCAAUCAUCUUACCCAAGACUGCUGAGAAUUUUCGCGUACAUUCUACGUUUUAUCACUAAGAAAAAUGAGAGAGCCAACGCUCUUAUUCCGACAUCAAAGGAGCUUAAUUGGGCAUUCUUGAAAAUCGUUGAAUUUAUUCAAAAUCACGAAUUCAAGGAAGAAAUCGAAAAAAUGAAGAAGUCGCAUAAAUUACCAGUCAGCAUUCAAAAACUAACUCCAUUCAUUCAUACAGUCCAAGAUGGUUCUCGAACAUGCAAUUUGCUUCGUGUAGGAGGUCGUCUACUAAACGCACCACUGUCUUAUGAUUCAAAAUUUCCCUUGCUGUUACCUAUAAAAUUGCAUUUUGUCGAGAUUUAUUUACGAUUUCUCCAUACAACCAAUUGUCAUGCUGGUCCAAAAGCCUUAGAAGUGCUGCUUCGUGAAAAAAUUUGGGUCAUAAAUUCAAGCAAGGCAUGCAGUAAAACCGUAAGAGCAUGCAUACAUUGUUUUCGAUACAAACCUAAGCUGUUGACCCAAGUAAUGGGAAACUUACCUGCAGAUCGGUUAAAGGCACUACGACCCUUUUUAAUUAGCGGUGUCGAUUUUUGUGGGCCUGUAUACACCACUUUGAAAAUUCGUGGUCGACCACCAGUUAAAAUGUAUAUCGCAGUGUUUGUUUGUUUCACGUCAAAGGCUAUACAUUUAGAACUUGUAACAGAUCUGACAACUAACUGUUUUAUUUUUUGUCUUAAAAGGUGCCGAUCGCAAGCUGAGAGAGCUGAUAGAGGCGUUUCGAGAGCACAAGGACGAUCUGGCAUACUAUGCUGCACAAAAGGGCAUAGAGUUUGUCUUCAUACCACCCAGGGCACCUCAUUUCGGAGGAUUAUGGGAAGCGGCGGUAAAGUCGGCAAAACACCACAUACAACGAACAACCAACAGUGCGCUUCUUACCAGCGAAGAACUGCAAACAGUGCUCGUAGAGGUAGAAGCCCUGCUAAAUUCUCGGCCACUCAGUCCAUUGAGUCAAGACCCGAACGACAAAGAGGCGCUAACACCAGCACACCUGUUGAUAGGAGGUACUCUCCACACGCUGCCGCAAGAAUCCGCACAAGGCGUCUCCGACAACAAAUUGACCACUUUGAAACGUUGGCGUCUGUUAUGCGAGCUCAAACGGAGGUUUUGGCAGGCCUGGUCGAAAGAUUACAUCCUACAGCUGCAGCCCAAGAACAAGUGGGUGUUCGAGCAGCCGAAUCUCGCAGUCGGCCGACUAGUCGUCGUCCAAGAAGACAACCUUCCCUCUCACCGGUGGAAGCUCGGAAGGGUGGAAGCCGUAAUUACAGGUCGCGACAAUAA